AUGGCUCGGCCUCCUUUGGGCGCUUCUCACGUUACAGACGACUUGGCUGAAUGCUCACACCUGGCAUCUGGACAAUACCGAGGGAAAUUGGCCUCUUUGCGUGGCAAAUACCCAAGUCUGAAGUAUCCUGAUCUCCAAUCACCCGUACAAGGCUGUGGUGGCAGAGUUGUCUCAUUGGAAUUCUCCAAGGACAACGACCCCAUCAGAAAGGAUUUCACCGACCCGUCAAAACUUCGUCUCUACAUUGAAGCCAAGCAGUGCGCUAGCUCAACUGAAAGGAUUACCCGCCGUCUGUUCCUCGUCGAAGGACUUGAGCCUGGCCUGAUGAGCGUAGUCGGCCAUUGUUUCAAUAUUGAUCCCACCUUAGUUGUAAGGCAGCAGCGCACAGCACAUUGGGAGCCUUACCAUAAGUCAGGAAAUACGCCGUUAUUACCCUCACUCCUCGAGCCAAGCCGAUCGUUCCACGUCCCGUAUUAUGAGCUGCAUUACUAUCCCGAAGGAUUACCCGACAAGCUGGAUUGGCGUUGCGCUGACUCUGGUCGUCAAAUUAAUUCUUCAAGGAUGCCAGGAACAUUUGAUCGCGUCGGCAUCGCCGAUCGCAAAGUGAGCUAUUGGUCUCAGAAACGUGGAGACGGCUGGGAUGCUAUUCUGUUCCUCGAUCCGCCAGUCCGUGAGGUCUUCCUUGGCGUGAAGUCUGGGCGUGCAGAGAGGCUAUCAACGCCAAAUGAACCAUAUCAAGGAGGUUACCUUGACUUCAUGAAGUUUUCAAGCCUUGAUGAUGCGUGCCGAACGCGAGGACCAACCAGAGAAUCUGUGCUCGAGGACGUCUGCUACUACUUUUUUCAUCAUGCUUCAUGUAUUGACAUACAGGAUGACCCGAUGAUAUGCACAUUGUUCCUGAAGAAGAUUGUCGCCUCUAACUACAUGGUACUGAUUGAGUACGUUAAAGCUACGCUCAGUACACUCGAGUGGUCUUUAUCUCGACAGAACCAGGAUAUCAGCGAGAUCAAAAUCGCCUGGGCGGAACAGCGCUGGAGCGACCUACAAUCUUGGAGUCGCCGAUGCUCCGAAUAUUGCGAAAACAUGGAGUCAAUCAUUGAUAGCCUCAGAAUUCCCCUAUUCGAGGCAGAUGCUUCCGGAGACUGGGCUGCUUGCGAAAAGGACUUUCACUUGAUCAACAGAAAAUUGAUAGGCUUGAAACAACGAGCAAAUGCCUUGAUCUCCUCACUUACUGGGCUGGCAGGCAUCUUGGGGAAUCGGCAGACACUAAAGGAAGCCAGCCGAUCUUUGCAUGAAGCCAAAAGCGUAAAGAUAUUGACCUUUCUAGGUAUGAUGUUCGCGCCACUAUUCCUUACAUCUGGUAUCUUCAGUAUGAGUGAGAAAUAUCUACCCGGCGGAUCGUUCUUUUGGGUUUACAUUGCAGUCGCGGUUCCGCUUGUACUUCUUGUCUUCGGUGCCGUUUCUCUCAUCAAUAUGGGAUACGGGGCUGACGGCGAGUGGUCUUCCAAAGAAUUUCGACAGACUCUCAGAAGUCAGCGAGGUAACGUUUGGGGUUCCUUCUCUCACUUGCCGCAAGUGACAAUACACCGCUUCGCGAUCAUCUACGUGGGACACUCUUUCGCAAAAGCACCGAAAUCAUAUCGACCAUCUUCGGGUGGGGAUCCAUAG